GUAACACAAGAAAAGAAAAAGGAAAAAGGGCACCUGCGUGUGAAUGGAAAGAAGUUUGGAAAUGCCACAUAUUUGAUACGUUUGACCUAUUGCAGUUGCCUUGAGAACUCCAUUCCCCAUUCCUCAAACCACAUACUCUCAUCAUGAGAAAUGCUUGCUUUAUCCUCCCUCUUGUUGUUGUGCUUCUGUUUCGUAACUUUGUUACUUCUUUGUCUGUAGAAUCACCCAAUAUCACCACAGACCAAUUGGCUCUUCUUGCAUUGAAAUCCCAUGUAACGUUUGACCCUCAUAAUCUUUUGGAGACCAAUUGGUCGACUGCUACAUCGGUAUGCAAUUGGAUCGGUGUCACUUGCGGAACCCGGCAUCUUAGGGUCACAGUUCUAGAUCUUUCUGAUAUGGGUCUAGUAGGCACCAUCCCACCUCACUUGGGAAAUCUAUCUUUCCUCUCCAGGCUGAUCAUGAGAAACAAUAGUUUUCAUGGCUCAUUACCCAACCAAUUGGCGAAUUUGCACCGGCUGAACUUUAUAAAUUUCAACAACAACAACAUCAGUGGAGAAAUUCCGUCAUGGUUUGGCUCCUUUACUCAACUUCAAUACUUAUAUCUGUAUGAUAACAACUUCACAGGUGUAAUCCCAUCAUCUCUGUGCUUUUUACCCAAAUUAGAGAUAUUGACCUUGGAUAAUAAUCAGAUUUCGGGUUCCAUACCUCCCUCAAUUUUCAACUUAUCUUCGUUGCGGGUACUUGAUCUAAGUAACAACAAACUCUCUGAUUCGAUACCCUCCAUUCCACUCAACACUUCUUCGCUGCAAUUCAUUGACCUCACCGUUAAUCUUCUCAGUGGUAAUCUCCCGCCAGAUCUGUGUAAUAGAUUCCCUAAUUUGCAAGGGCUUUAUUUAGCUGGGAACCUUCUUACGGGGAAAAUUCCACCUAGUUUAUUCAAAUGCAAAGAGUUAAUAGAAUUGACCUUAUCUUAUAAUCAUUUUGAUGGAAGUUUACCUUUGGAAAUUGGAAAUUUGACUAUGCUUAGGAAAUUGCUGCUUGGGGAGAUCAAUCUCAAAGGUCAAAUCCCAUGGCAGAUUGGUUCUCUUCUAAAGUUGGAGAUCCUUGACUGUUCAAAAAAUAACUUAGAAGGACCCAUUCCUUCAAGUAUUGGGAAUUUAACACUUCUUAAGCUCCUUAAUUUUCGGUCUAACCGCAUGUCAGGUACACUUCCAUUUCAGAUUGGCAACCUACAGAAUCUGGAAGUGUUAAUCUUGGAAAAUAAUAGCUUCACUGGUUUCAUCCCUCCAUCAAUCUUUAACAUCUCAACUGCAACAUCUAUUGGCCUUGGUUUCAAUCGCUUCUCAGGCCAGCUCCCAUCAACCACAGGCCUUGGACUUCCUAAACUGGAAGAGCUUCACCUUGCUAUAAAUGAACUGAGUGGGCCAAUCCCGAUCUCUAUCUCCAAUGCCUCUCAGCUUAUUAAUCUCCAAUUGCUGAAUAAUUCUUUUUCUGGAGUCAUUCCUGACACCCUUGGCAAUCUAAGAUAUUUAAAACUCCUCGACCUAAGUCAUAACAAUUUAAGUAGCAAUCCUUCAUCUCCAGAAUUGAGCUUUCUUUCAUCGUUGACAAAUUGCAAAGAGUUGAACAAGUUGACAUUUGAUGGUAAUCCCUUGAUCAGGGGCGAACUUCCAGCUGCUGUAGGAAAUUUAUCUGCUUCUCUAACACUUUUCUAUGCUUCUCUUUGCAAUGUUAAGGGCAGCAUCCCAAGAGAAAUUGGUAACUUAACCAGGUUGUUAUGGUUGGGUCUUGACCACAAUGACUUGACUGGAAAAAUACCUACUACAAUCGGAAGAUUGAGAGAUUUGCAAGAUGUCAAUCUUGGAAACAAUAGGCUUGAAGGAUCCAUUCCAUUUGAGUUAUGUCAUCUGGAGAAGUUGGCGUACUUGACUCUCACAGGUAACAAACUAUCUGGACCGAUUCCAUCAUGCUUAGGUGAUGUCGUUUCUCUAAGAGAACUUUUCUUAGGCUCCAAUAAUUUUACCUCAAUACCAUCAACCUUGACAAGACUUGAUGAUAUCUUGUUCCUGGAAUUGUCUUCAAAUUCUCUAAGCGGCUCUCUCCCAGAUAUUGGAAAGUUGAAGACCGUGACCAAUUUAAAUUUGUCAGAUAAUCAGUUCUCAGGUUCUAUCCCAAGCAACAUUGGUGAUCUCAAAGACUUAACUCAUCUCUCCUUAUCUGGUAAUGUCUUACAGGGUUCUAUUCCUGAGUCUGUAAGUGAGUUAAUAAGUUUGGAAUUCUUGGAUUUGUCAAGAAAUAAUCUCUCAGGAACGAUCCCCAAGUCCUUGGAGCAACUUUCCUAUCUCAAAUAUUUCAAUGUCUCUUUCAAUAGACUAGAAGGGGAAAUUCCUAAUGGAGGAUCAUUUGGCAACUACUCAAUUCAAUCAUUUAUGGGGAAUAAUGCCUUGUGUGGUUCACCUCGAUUGCAAGUCCCACCUUGCAAAACUAAUCCCUCUAGAAGGUCCAAGAUGGGUACUGAACUUUUAAAAUAUAUUCUACCAGCAAUUGGCUCAACAAUAUUGAUAUUGGCCAUGGUUAUAAUUUUUUUACGAAGUCGAAAUCGGAAAGCUGAAGUGCCAACUGAAGAAAAUUUGCUAGUAUUAGCCGAAUGGAGAAGAAUUUCUUAUCAUGAGCUGGAUCAAGCUACAGAUGGAUUUUCUGAAAGCAAUUUACUUGGGGUAGGGAGUUUUGGGUCAGUAUACCAAGGGACUCUCUCAAAUGGUACGAGCAUUGCAGUAAAAGUCUUCAAUGUAAAUGUAGAUAGAGCCCUUAAAAGUUUUGAUGUUGAGUGUGAGGUCCUUCGCAGUAUUCAUCAUCGAAAUUUGGUCAAAAUCAUCAGUAGUUGCUCCAACAUUGAUUUUAAAGCCUUGGUACUUGAGUUCAUGCCUAAUGGAAGCUUGGAGAGGUGGUUAUAUUCUCACAACUUUUUUCUGGAUGUUUCGCAAAGGUUGAAUGUAAUGAUAGACAUCGCAUUGGCAUUGGAAUAUCUUCAUCAUGGUCAUACCCCUCCCGUAGUUCAUUGCGAUCUAAAGCCUAACAAUGUCCUCCUAGAUACAGAUAUGAUUGCGCAUUUGGGUGAUUUUGGCAUUGCAAAACUCUUAGGAGAAGAGGAUUUAAUUCAAACCAUGACGCUAGGAACUAUCGGAUAUAUGUCACCAGAAUAUGGGUCAGAAGGGAUUAUUUCUACAGAAGGUGAUGUGUAUAGUUUUGGUAUUCUUCUUAUGGAAACCUUCACAAGAAAGAAGCCCACAGACGAAAUGUUUAUGGAAAAGACAAGCUUGAAGUGUUGGGUGGAAGAGUCAUUACCAUACGCAGUAGUUCAUGUUGUAGACACUAAUUUGCUGAAUAACGGAAAGAGUGAAAGCUUAGCAGCGAAUGAGUGUGUGUUAUCCAUUUUGCAAUUGGCGCUAAAAUGUUCAACGGAGGUACCAGAGAAGAGGAUUGAUAUGAAAGAAGUUGUUGCUAGAUUGAAGAAAAUCAAAGUCACGUUCUUACAAGAAGUUAAAAAAAUUUAAUUAAUAAAAGACCACAAAUAGGGUUUCUAGUUUCCAAGAAAUUUAUAGAAAGAAGGUAUUUUUGUCUUUUUCCACCCCAUGUAAACUUAGAUAAAGCAUUGAACAAGUGCAGUAGUCACAAAGUUUGGGGAUGAUAUCUCCCAGCAUGCUUCUCUUAUUGUCAUAUAUGUCUCUAAGCUACUCUUCAAGAUAUAUAUGUAAAUAUAAAUAUAUAUAUAUAUAUGUCUAAUGUCUGUAAGCAUUAUGUAGAUUGG